AUGGCGUCCUUUAGGAUGGUUUUUCUGAUUUUGAUCAUCUUUUUCAUUUUACAAACUGCUUCAUCAAGUUCUUGGAAGACAUUGAAUGCAGGGAAGCCUCCUGUUGUGAUUGCCCGAGGAGGCUUCUCUGGUUUGCUUCCUGAUUCAAGUGAUAGUGCAUAUGGGAUGGUGAACUUGACAACUGCUCCAGAUGUAACACUAUGGUGUGACCUUCAGCUAACAAAGGACAAUGCUGGAAUCUGCUUCCCAAAUCUGAACUUUGACAACGGUUCUAACGUCAAAAACGUUUACCCAAAUCACAAAGAAUGGCGUUCUGUUGAUUUCACAUGGAAGGAACUCUCUACUGUGACUUUGAAACAGGAUGUUUUCUCAAGACCAAACAUCUUCGAUGGUGUUUCCAACAUAUUGCCUAUUGAAGAAGUAGCAAAAAUAGGAACUUCUGGCCUUUGGUUAAACAUUCAGCACAGUGAUUUCUACACGCAACACAACUUGAGUAUGAGAAACUAUGUUGUCUCUCUAUCAAGCCGCAUGAAAAUAAACUUCAUAUCUUCUCCAGAGAUAAGUUUCCUAAAGAGCAUGAAAAAAGAUGCCAAACCAACUAAGACAAAGCUCAUCUUCAGGUUUCUGAAUCAAGACCAGAUAGAUCCUUUCACCAACCAAUCUUACGCCUCUCUUGCCAAAAACCUAAGCUAUAUAAAAAAAUUUGCAUCUGGCAUUCUUGUUCCAAAAUUUUACAUAUGGCCAAUAAGUUCAGAUCUUUACCUGCAACCCCACACGUCGCUUGUCACAGAUGCUCAUAGACAAGGCUUACAAGUAUUUGCCUCAGACUUUGCCAAUGACUUCGUAGUUGCUUAUAACUACAGCUAUGAUCCAACAACUGAGUAUUUACAUUUCAUUGACAAUGGAAACUUCUCUGUUGAUGGUUUCUUAUCAGACUUCCCUCUGACUCCAUACAGAGCUAUCAAUUGCUUCUCUCAGUUGGACAAGAAAAAAGCCAAAAAGCAAGGCAAUGUAACUAUUAUUUCCAAGAACGGAGCGAGUGGAGAUUUCACAGACUGUACUGACUUGGCAUAUGAGAAAGCUGUGAGAGAUGGCGUUGACAUUAUUGACUGCACUGUCCAGGUGUCCAAGGACAAGAUCCCAUUUUGCAUGAGCUCCAUAGAUCUUAUGAACGUCACUAAUGUCUUUGACACAAGCUUCAGAAACCUGUCGUCAACAGCUUCAGAGAUUAAGGAGACAAAUCACAGAAGUGGUAUCUUCACUUUCAGUCUGACCAUGUCUCAGAUACAAACCUUGAAGCCUGUCAUUUCUAAUCCUCAUAGAGAGCAGAAUUUGUUCAGAAACCCAAGAAACAAUAACCUUGGAAAGUUUCUUACAUUAUCCGAGUUCUUGUUACUUCCAAACCGUUACAGCUCUCUCUCAGGGAUCUUGAUAAAAGUGGAGCAUGCAGCUUAUCUAGCAACACAUCAAGGAAUCAGCAUAGUCGAUGCUGUACUAGAUGAACUGAAGAGAGCUACUAGUAAAAUACUGAUCCAGUCUACUGAGAAGUCUGUCUUGAUGGAGUUCAAGGAGAAGGGGAAGAUGAGUAACGAAGAGCUGGUCUAUGUAGUAGAUGAAGACAUCAAUGAUGUCACAGAUUCAGCAGUCAAGGACAUCAAGAGUUUUGCUGGCUCCGUUGUAAUCAGUAAGAAGUCAGUUGUUCCCUACCACGAGGAAAUUGUCAGGAUUCAAAACGAGACAAAUGUUGUUCCAAAGCUGAGAUCAAGUGGUCUUCGUGUCUACGUUGAGACAUUCAGCAACGAGUUUGUAACCCAACCGUUUGACUUCUUCUCUGAUCCAACGGUGGAGAUAGAUUACUUUGUCCGAGGAUAUCCUGAGGUUGAUGGCAUCAUCACUGACUUCCCAGCGACCACUGCAAGAUACAUAAAGAACCAAUGCUACAGACAAAUGGGUAUGAUUAGAACCGGUGAGCUCGUCCCUUUGGCUAAUAAAGAGAUUCUUCCACCAGCUGAAGUUCCAUAUCCAUCACUAGUUGACUCAAAUGUCGCGGAACCACCUCUGCCUGAAGUUAGAAGCCAGCCUCCUCCUGCUUCUGCUCCAACAAAGGCAAAGUCAAAGGCACAAGAAGUACAAGUUUCCUUUAAUGUUAGAACCAUGUUGGUUCUUGUGAGCUUCUUUGUCAUAGUUUAG